AUGGCCAAUCGAACUCCCUACCAGACCACUUUCGAGCCCGAGCGGACGAUUCAGCCAAUCUACACUGGUGGCAGCGUCGCCUUGGAUAGCGAAGGGCGCAUUCUCGCAACCACCCUGGGGGAAGAUGCGCUGCUCACGGAUCUGACGACGGGGAAGCAGCUGGCCAAGAUUGAAGGGGAUGGCGAAGUCAUAUCAACCCUCACCCUAACCCCGAAUGCCUCCCACCUCAUCGUAUGUUCGCGAUCCCUCUCUAUGCGAAUAUACUCCCUGCGACCGGCUCCAGAUAGUACCAUCCACUACGAACUCCUCCGAACCCUCAAACCCCACACUACACCUGUCGUCGUUCUGGCUGUAGACCAAACAAGUCUCUACCUCGCAACCGGAGCCGCCGAUGGAAUAGUAAAAGUAUGGGACAUCCUCGCGGGAUACAUCACGCAUACCUACCGAGGACCCAAUGUCUUGGUGUCAGCCUUGCAUUUCUUCCAGUUGGUGGCCAAGAAGGACGAAGAGACCAAACGAAAGAGGAAGAGUGGUGAUGUGACCAGUGUUGGAACUGCAUUUAGACUGGCGGCUGGAAGCCAAGAUGGAAAGGUCCAAGUCUGGGAUCUGUCGCAGCCCUCGAAACGGACUGCUGUGGUCCUGGACUCGCACGUCUCGGAUGUCACCGCGCUGGACUACUCGCCCGAGGAAAAUGCGCUCUUGACAGCCAGUCGAGAUAAGACGCUCAUGUGGUGGGACGCGAAGACUUGGAAGGUGCGCAAGGUUGUGCCUGUGCUAGAGGAAGUGGAGGCGGCGGGGUUUGUGAAAGCUGGAAAAGUGAAAGCUGGAAGACUGGCAUACACUGGAGGGGUCAACGGGAAUAUCCGAGUGUGGGAGACGGACACUGGACGAGAAGUGACAUCUCCGCAGGAGCCGGGAGGAGAGGCAGACGCCAUCGUUGCGGCUAUUGCGUUCAAGGACUGCAUCAUGUCUGUGCAAUCAGACCAUACUAUGAUCCUACACUCUACAGACUCCCUGGACGAUACAAUCAACACAAACACACUUCCUCCUCUAGCACAAGUGAAGCGAAUUUCCGGUACUCACGACGAGAUCAUCGAUCUGGGGUACCUGCUGCCAGAUAGGUCGUUACUGGCGUUGGCAACGAAUUCGGAAGAAAUUAGGAUCGUAUCCGUAGAUCCCGAUGCGUCGGACUAUUUCGGUGCUGAUGUUGCUCAACUGCAAGGCCAUGAAGAUAUUAUCAUUUGCUUGGAUAUCGACUGGUCAGGUCACUGGAUUGCCACAGGUGCAAAAGAUAAUACUGCUCGGCUAUGGAGGAUCGACCCGGAGAAUGCCUCUUUCACCUGCUACUUGACUUUUACUGGGCAUGCCGAGUCUCUGGGAGCAAUUGCUCUUCCACACCUGGCCCCAUCAUCCCCAGCCUCUAGAUCUCCCCUCGACCACCCUCCACCCUUCCUCCUCACAGGGUCUCAAGACCGAACUAUUAAGCGCUGGGAUAUUCAACCCUCUUCCCACAAAGCGCCUCGAGCCCUCUACACCCGCCUCGCCCACGAUAAAGAUAUCAAUGCAAUUGAUAUCAACCACACCUCGCAACUCUUCGCAUCCGCCUCUCAAGACAAGACCGUCAAAAUCUGGUCGGUAGAGGGAGAAGUCCAAGGCAUCCUUCGCGGCCACAAACGAGGUGUCUGGUCUGUCAAAUUCGCUCCGAAAGAUACGCCGUCCAUUAUUGGAGAGAGUGGGCCUGCAGCCGGAAAAGGGCUGAUCCUUACAGGAAGUGGUGACAAGACUAUCAAGAUCUGGAGUCUUGCCGACUACAGUUGUGUGCGAACGUUCGAAGGCCAUACUAACAGUGUUCUCAAAGUUGCUUGGUUGUGUCUCCCCAAAGCCGAAGCCGAAGAGCGAGGAAGGAAACAUGUACAGAUCGCCAGUGCGGGAGGGGACGGAUUGGUGAUGGUCUGGGAUGCAAGCACCGGAGUGUCAUCUUGCACACUCGACAACCACGAGGAUCGGGUGUGGGCACUAGCAGUCAACCCUGCAACUAAUAUGAUCGUCUCAGGUAGUGGAGACUCGACAGUUACUUUUUGGAAAGAUACCACAUCUUUGACUCAAGCAGCCGCACAUACAGCCGCGACGCAAUUCGUCGAGCAAGAACAAGAGCUGCAGAACUAUAUCCACGCCAAAUCCUACCGGAAAGCCAUCACCCUCGCCCUACAGCUCAACCACCCGGCUCGUCUCCUCUCCUUGUUCACCUCUGUCGUGACUGGCAUUCACGAAGAAGGCAGUCUCAGCGGCGCUAUCGGUGUCGACGAGGUCCUUUCGUCUCUCUCCGACGAGCAAAUCUUUACCCUGCUCCUCCGCAUCCGGGACUGGAAUACCAAUGCACGAUCCACAGCCGUCGCGCAGCGGAUCCUAUACACGAUUGUGAGGAGCUACCCGGUGUCGCGGCUGGCGGGACUGAAAGUGAGGGGCCAAGGCCAAGGCCAGCAGAGUUUGAAGGAGGUGCACAAUGCGCUCAAGGUGUAUACGGAAAAGAACCGAAAGAGGAGCGAGGACAUGUGGGACGAGGCGUACCUGAUGGAGUAUACGCAGAGGCAGAUGGACGGGUUGAUGUUGCUGGAGCCUCAAGGAAGAAAGCUGGAGAAAAAUAGCUUAGGGGAUUCGGAUCAGGACAUGAUUAUGGUGUAG